AUGUCUCGCGGCGGCACCACGCUCUACGUCACCGGCUUUGGCCACGGCACCCGCGCUCGCGACCUUGCCUACGAGUUCGAACGGUACGGUCGGCUUGUCCGCUGCGACAUUCCAGCCCCGCGUUCGGCGUCCAGCAGGCUGUUUGCCUUCGUGGAGUACGAGAGCCGCCGUGAUGCGGACGACGCCUACCACGAGAUGCACAACAAGCGCAUCGGCCGCGAUGACUUGUUGAAGAUCGAGUGGGCCCGCACCCCCCCAUCAGCUUCUUGGCGCUUCGACUCCGGCCGUGACCGUCCACGCGGUGGCGAACGCGGCAGCGAGCGCCGCGGCGAUCGCUCUCCGCGUCGCCGUAGUGUGUCUCCGCGCCGUGCCCGAGGCGACUACUCCCCGCGUAAGGACGACCGUCGUGAGCGCGACUACGACCGCCGCGACCGAGACCGGACUAGGAGCCCGGAGGGUGAUCGCGACCGCGAGAUGAAGGACGUUCGCGACCGUGAGGACGACCGUGAGCGCGACCGCGAGCGAGAGCGUGACCGUGAUCGAGAGCGAGAUCGCGACCGGGACGCCGGUGCCAACGGCGACGACCGCAAGAGUGAGCCCCCCGCACCGGGAGACGACGAGCUCCUCUGA